AUGAUGCUUGGGAUGAUAACUAUAGCUGCGACAUUGUCCAGUCUCUUCACAAGCGCCCUCGCCCACAAAACACAAUGCACAAAGAAGACCUUCGCUUCGUUAAAAGUGAAAAAUAUCGAAAUCAUCUCCUUCAACGUGACAGCCGCCCGCGGCUUUUCCACCAGCGGUCGAAACGCAACAGGAGGCGUGGGCAUCAUCCCUGACAUCCCGGGAACCCCUGCACCCACCUUGGACAUCUGUCUCAUCGUAUUGGCAUAUACACACCCUGGAAAGAACGAUGUGGUCAAUACAUACAUCGGACUUCCCCUCGAUGCCAAGGACUGGAACUCCCGUUUCUUGAUGGAUGGUGGUGGGGGCUGGUAUUCCGGUGGCGAGAGCGAGGUUCUAUCUCCCGUCUUGUCGGGGUAUGCGUCUUCUUCAACGGACGGGGGACAUGAUAAUACUGCGUCAACGGUUGAUUGGGGUCUCACGAAAGAUGGGAAGACCAACUGGCCUGCUCUCUGGGACUUUUCGAGUGUUGCUAUCGCCGAGGCGGCUGUUCUUGGGAAGCUAGCGACGAAGAUAUAUUAUGGUGAGUCUCCGAAGUACUCAUAUUGGCAUGGUUGCUCGACUGGUGGACGACAGGGACAUGCCAUGGCACAACUCCAUCCGGAACUCUUCGAUGGAAUUGUGGGUGGUGCGCCGGCGGUUAGUUGGGAUAAGUUUGCUGCUGCUGGGUUGUGGGCGCCGUUUUUGUCUCAGCUUCUUGACACACGGCCUCCCAAAUGCGUUCUCGACACAUUCACCAGCGCGGCCACCGCAGCCUGUGACGAACUCGACGGCGUAAAAGACGGCAUCAUCGCCUACCCCGGCCAAUGCCACUUCAAAGCAUCCUCACUCGUUGGCCAAACAGUCUACUGCACAGAGCCAGACGGCAAAAUCACGAUAACCAAGAAAAUGGCCCAGCUGGUAGCCGCAAUCUGGGAAGGCCCCCGGUCCUCAGACGGACAUUUCAAAUGGUAUGGCUUCCACUAUGACUCCAGCCUCGCCUCCAUGCUCGGAACAACCUGUAAAUCCGUCGACGACUGCACUGUCGUCCCCUUCCCCAUUGCCGAAGACUGGGUCAAGGUCUUCCUAGCCCGUGAUCCAUCUUUUACCCUCGAAGGUCUUACACGCGCCGACUACGACAAGCUCUUCCGGCAGUCUGUUCGUGAAUAUGCUCCUGUCAUCGGAACUGGGAGCGUGGACCUUUCGAAGAUGAAAAAAGCUGGAACGAAGAUGCUUGCUUGGCAUGGGAUGGCUGAUCAGCUUGUUCCAACAAAUGGAACGGUUGAUUACUAUGAUCGUGCCAGGAACUUUGAUCGUCAUGUUGCGGAUUAUUAUCGCUUUUUCCUUGCCCCGGGUGUGACUCAUUGCGGGUUUGGAAAUGGUUUUGAUCCUAGUAAUACUGUGUUUGAUACGCUUAAGGCUUGGGUUGAGGAGGCUGCAGUUCCUGAUCGCUUGGAAGCUGUUGCGGCUGCUGUUAGCCCUUCGAAUACUUCGGAGACUCGGACAGGAUAUCUCUGUCCUUAUCCGCAGGUUUUUACCUUCAUUGGUGGGGAUCCAAAUAGUCCUUCGUCAUUCACUUGUGUUUGA